CCAGUGCUGCUGCCUUCUGCAGGUUGGCGAAGAUGCGAAGGGAAACCGAGCAUCAGAUGAAGGUCCACUUGUUCUACCAGCAGCUCCUGAGCGAAUCUGUGUGGGGGCCACUGGACCUGCUCAGUCUGGUGGCAGCAAGCGUCUCGAACCCAUCUGACACAAUCUUCUGGAAGGCAGCCCUCUUGUUGCCAAGUGAUCAUGAAAGAGAUGCCAGUGUUGCUAACCAGAUUUUGACAGAAUGGCUGGAGUCCAAAUUCGGUAACUUGGAGAAGCAAGAACACAGGGAGAUGGUCCCCAACGGACACAUGCAAACCUUGAGCAUCAGCAGCGGCCUGCGGAGCGUGGGGGAGCGCAUGCACACAGUGCACGUGUGUGUGAAGGUGGCCCGCGGGCCCCUCAGCGAGGAAGGCCAGUUGGCAUUGGAGAAGCGGAAGGGGCUGAUGGGCAUGGGCGCCCUGCUGAUGCUGCUGCCCUCGGCAGUCAGUCCCGGGGCUGAUGAGGAAGACGGGGACAUCUUCCUGUUAUCCGCCCUGCUGCAGCUCCGGCAGAUCCAGCAGGCUAAUGCCUGGCCACAGGCCCUUCCUCUGGUGGUGGUGGUCCCAGGGCAGGCUGGGCACAGGGCCAGCGAUGAACGGCUAGAGGAAGACCUGAUGCUUCAGACACUCAUUGAGGAAGGUUUGAUUUCAGAGUACAUGUUCGUCCAUAUCCCCGAGACCACGAACGAACCCCAAGGAUCCGAGCAGAUCCGCCAUGCCGUCAGGUGGCUCGCUGCCCGCUCCACGGCACCAGCCCGGCUCGUCUCGCAGACGUUGGUGCAGGUUGUGGAGGCCGGGCUCUGCCGCGAGUUUGCUGGUAGGCUUCACCGUGAUCGGAGGGACCGUGACAUGGCGGGACUGCCCUCCCAGGGCCCUGCACCCGUCAUCGGCCUCUACAACACUGUCCUGGCUUUCUUGGCUGGCCUUGUGUCGUCCCCGAGUCUGGCUGGCCUCUCCUGGCCCGUGGCAGAGUUCUCGGUGCCAGGGGGUGGUGACUGCCUACCACAUCUGCUCUGGAACUCGGCUGAGCACCUGGAGUGGCUCCAGGGGGCAGUCCUGAGCCUGCGGCUGCCCGACUGGCCGCUGCCAGCCGUGGGGGCUCCUUGGAGCCAGCUGGUUGCCUCCAUCUUCCAGUACGUAUCUCAAAUCCCAUGGUCCCGCCACAGCCAGCCACUCCUUAUGUCCCAGUUGGAGAACCUUUUGGAGAGGCUGCGUCAGGACUGUGUGGGCCGAGGUGGGGGGCCGGACAAGGAGCCCACUUUCUGGGAGGUGCCCUGGGACGAAAUUGUCAUGCUCUGUGUAGAGCACCAACUCCUGGACUGGAACCCUCCUGGGUGCCCCGUGAGUGAAGAUGUCAUCAGUGACGACGGAGAAAUCCCGGUGUAUUUCCUGAGCGAUGGGCUGCAGGGCUUCAUACCGCCGUCCUGCUGGGUGGAUGCCGUAAAGCAGACGCACAGGGACAAGCAGCAGGGGAAGGCAGGGUGUCACCAGAGCAUGUGGCCUCAUCCUCGACUGGCCAGGCCACGUCUUCAACAGAAGCUGUUUCACAGCAUGGUUGAGGACCCUGAGUCCGGAUCCGGUGUUGCCCCUGUUUUGGAUGCUGCCUCCAGCCCCCAGGACCUCCUGGCUCGCAUUGAGGAGGAGAAAGAACAGAGCCGCAGGUUCGAGGACCAGCUGCGUACCUGGCUUGACGUCGAGUCCCUGGGCCCUUCCUCUUCCUCCUCACCACUUUUCUUGCCUUCUUCGUUACUGUCUGUACCGGAGAUCGUAGUGCCCUCCCCAAAGAUGGCUGCCCCACCUGCACUUGCCCUGCAGAAGGAGCGCAGUGUCCGCAGUGACCAGGCCAGGGGAGCUGCCAGUUUGUAUAUUUCCGCAGAUGUGACACAGGCGCGGAUAUAAUCUCCCAGGCCGAAGGACGCCGAAAUCUACCGCGCUGUAAGAACUCUGUUUCGACUUUUGAAGGCCGUAUUUUUGGGCUUUUUACACAAUGAAUCCGUCUGGGCUUUUCGGCAGAACACAAGGCGGAGCGUUUCAGUCUCCGCGCGCCCCGACCUCGGGGCUCUUUUCCUUCGGCCAGCAGAACGCCCCUUUCGUGCAGCCGCCUGCCCUCGGCCAGGGCACCGGCCAGACCUCGCUCUUCAGUACAUCGUCUGCCUUCGGCCAGACCGGAUCCCUUUUCGGGCAGCCUGGCGGGACGGCGUCUGGACAGGCCCCGACCUUCGGCAUGCCCGGUUCUGGGAGUCAGACCCCGUCGUUUGUACAGAGCGACACCAGGUUCGGCCCGCCGCCCUCCUUCGGGCAGCCGGCCGGGGUCGGUCAGAGCUCUGUCUUUAACCAGAACUCGGCUUUUCCCCAGACCUCUGCCUUUGUUCCAGCCCAUCCAGCACCACCGCUACCAGUAUGGACAGCAGUGGGCCUGCUCCUGCUGCCUCUGAGUUCCUUUCUGGAGCAUUAGGUUUUAGCUUCUCACAGCCCAUCGCAGUGUCCAGCAGCAUCCUCCCCACCAAAGAUGCACAUCCCAGCACCACCCAGGAGUUCAGCUUCUCGAAACCAGCAGCACCCUCCGUUGGUGCUGGCAGUGGCCUGGGUGGGGGGACCUCCCAGGCCGCCUCUGUCUCCAGUUACUCUGCCUCUAGCCUCCAUGAGCCCCGGCCACUGUUUGGUGCUGUCAGCUUUGGUCCGCUAAAACCCAAGACUGACGCUGGGGUUGUGUCUGGUGAGGUCCGUG